CCAGUGUCUCUCUCAAACAGCAUAACCAUUAAAUAAAAGAACAAGAAAAAAGAUUGCAUUCUUCACGCUAAAAACUCUCCUUUUACUUCUUUUGUUCUCUUUUGCUAGAAAAGAGAAGUGGCAAUGGCAGCAGCAGCAGCACCAGCAGUGGCUGUGAAUGGAGUGAAGGUGGCAUCACAGGCUUAUCUAGAGAGCAAGGCGGUGAAGGAAACAAGGGUGUUGAUAUCUGAUCUUUGUCGCCAAUUCUAUAAUCUUGGUUGGGUUUCUGGAACUGGUGGUAGCAUCACUAUCAAGGUCCAUGAUGACUCCAUUCCUAAGCCUAAUCAGCUUAUCCUCAUGUCUCCUUCUGGUGUGCAGAAGGAAAGAAUGGAACCAGAGGACAUGUAUGUCUUAGCUGCAAAUGGUUCUAUAUUGUCUUCACCAUCUCCAAAGCCUUAUCCACACAAGCCUCCCAAGUGUUCUGAUUGUGGUCCUCUCUUUUUGAAGGCAUAUGAGAUGUGCAAUGCAGGAGCUGUAAUUCAUAGUCAUGGAAUGGAAUCUUGUCUUGUUACAAUGAUCAAUCCAUUAUCGAAAGAAUUCAAAAUUACUCAUAUGGAGAUGAUAAAAGGAAUUAAAGGGCAUGGGUAUUAUGACGAACUUGUAGUUCCAAUAAUAGAGAACACAGCCUACGAAAAUGAGCUUACAGAUUCACUUGCUAAAGCUAUAGAAGAAUACCCUAAAACAACCGCUGUUCUUGUUCGCAAUCAUGGCAUAUAUAUAUGGGGAGACUCAUGGAUCAGUGCCAAAACUCAGGCUGAAUGUUAUCACUAUCUUUUUGAUGCUGCUAUCAAACUUCAUCAACUGGGAUUGGACUGGUCUACUCCAAACCAUGGUCUCAUUCAGAAUGUCAAAGCCCUUAUAGGUAGUAACAGAGACAUAAACACAUCUGUGAAGGCAGGAUUGAAGGAUUCAAACCAUGGAAUGCAGUCACUGCCAGGCUGCAUUGUUCUUGACAUUGAAGGGACCACUACUCCCAUCACAUUUGUUGCUGAUGUUCUCUUUCCAUAUGCCCGUGAUAAUGUUGGGAGACAUUUGUAUGCGACAUACGAGACUGCAGAAACUCAAGACGAUAUAAAAUUAUUGCGCACUCAAGUUGAAGAUGAUCUGGCUCGAGGUGUUAAUGAGGCUGUGUCCAUUCCACCAGAUGAUGCAGGGAAAGAGGAAGUAAUUGCAGCCUUGGUAGCUAAUGUUGAAGCAAUGAUUAAAGCGGAUCGGAAGAUCACUGCCUUGAAACAAUUGCAAGGUCAUAUAUGGAGAACUGGAUUUCAGAAUAAUGAAUUGGAAGGAGUAGUUUAUGAUGAUGUGCCAGAAGCCCUGGAGAAGUGGCAUGCUUUGGGCAUAAAGGUGUAUAUUUAUUCUAGUGGUAGCAGAUUGGCCCAAAGGCUUAUAUUUGGCAAGACAAAUUAUGGUGAUCUGAGAAAAUAUUUAUCUGGCUUCUUUGAUACCACAGUAGGGAACAAAAGAGAAACACGCAGUUACAUUGAAAUUUCAGAGUCAGUGGGAGUUGAUAGACCAUCAGAGAUUUUGUUUGUGACAGAUGUUGUUCAAGAAGCUGUUGCUGCAAAAGGAGCAGGUUUGGAGGCAGUGAUUUCUAUCCGGCAAGGAAAUGCUCCUCUUCCAGAGAAUCAUGGCUUCAAGACAAUCAACUCUUUGUCAGAAAUCUGAAGUCAGAUCUUGUACUUGUAUAAGGAUAUAUACUGAAUGUCGCCUAGUGUGAUUCACAAAUGUAUGCAUAAAUAAAAGUUCUAUCUCAGCCUGAACCUGCUGCCUUUCUCUGUUAAUUUGUAUCUACUUAAUAGAGCUCUUCCCGCAUUUCUUUUUCAA